AGUCGAUGCAACCAUAAAAAAAGUUUGGCAAUAUUUUUUUUAAUCACUCCGCUGUCCGAUCUAUAAUUUUUAUAAAUCUAGGAACAACAAUUCUCCACUUCCUUUUUGAACUGUUUCCGUCAAGAUGCCAGCUGCAUCUCAGAAGAAGCCAUCUUUUGUCACCAAAAAGAUUGGUGGUGAGAAGAAUGGAGGGGAGAGAAAAGUGCGAGUUAGCAGAUUGCCGAGAUUCUAUCCAACUGAAGACAAGGGACGAAAGCUAAGAAGCCACAAGAAGCCAUUCAGUCAUCAUAAAAGAAAUCUGAGACCCUCAAUUACCCCAGGGACUGUUCUUAUUCUUCUUGCUGGAAGACACAAGGGAAAGAGGGUAGUUUUCCUUAAACAACUCAAGUCUGGUUUGCUGCUUGUGACAGGACCUUAUCAUCUGAAUGGUUGUCCCUUGAGAAGAAUCAAUCAAAUUUAUGUGAUUGCCACAAAGACAAAGUUGGACAUCAAGAGUGUCAAAGUACCAGAGAGAGUAAAUGAUGAAUAUUUUAGAAGGCUGAAGUCUAAGAAGCCCAAACAUACUGAGGGUGACAUUUUCAAUACAAAGAAAGAGGUCUAUGCUGUCAAUGAUGAGCGCAAAGAAGACCAGGCUAAUGUUGAUCGUCAAAUUUUGGAAGUGAUUCGUAAAAACCCUGAAAAGAAGCUCUUGUUUGGAUACCUAGGCGCUAUGUUUUCAUUGUCAAACAACCAGUUUCCCCACAAGAUGGUGUUUUAAUUGGAUUUGGCUUAUAGAGAAAUAAUACACAUUAAAACUUGUGAAUAAAUUAUUUUUUUGUUUU